GCAGCAGGAGCGCGCGCCGGCCUCCUUGCAUUGCUGCUGCUGCUGCUGUUGUGUCUGCAAAACCUUCCCAUUUCCACGUCUCUCGGUCAGAAAGCACAAUGGAUACAGCCAGCCACAGCCUGAUCCUGCUCCAGCAGCUCAACAUGCAACGGGAGUUUGGCUUCCUCUGCGACUGCACGGUUGCAAUUGGAGAUGUGUACUUCAAAGCCCACCGAGCUGUCUUGGCAGCCUUUUCAAACUAUUUUAAGAUGAUAUUUAUUCAUCAGACAAGUGAAUGCAUAAAGAUCCAGCCAACUGACAUCCAGCCCGAUAUAUUCAGCUACUUGCUCCACAUCAUGUACACCGGAAAGGGACCAAAACAGAUGGUCAAUCAAACCCGGCUGGAGGAAGGCAUCCGUUUCCUGCACGCUGACUACCUUUCCCGCAUGGCGAUCGAAAUGAACCAGAUGCUCUCUCCGGAGACUCUUUCCUCCUCAAACCUGUAUGGAAUCCAAAUCUCCACCACGCACAAGACGGUCAAGGAAAACCCCCAGGCGAAGGAAAGUUUAACCAGCCUCGGGAGUCGAACUGCUAGUCAGGGAGACCACCCCCAGCUUCAGCUGUCUCUGGCCAUUGGGCUCGACGACGGCUCUUUGGAGCAGCAGAUUUCUCAUCCUUCGGUCCAAACGACUGCAAAACCAACAGAGGAGCCUGCAAACCCACCUGUAACUAUAAAACAGGAGAAAGUCGACCCAGAGCCAAUUGUAUCUCAGAGUCAUGCAUCUUCCUCCCCGGAGGUCAGGAGCCCAGCUUUUUCUAAAGCCAACCUCAAAGUUCAUUUAUGUCAAUAUUGCGGGGAGCAUUUUGAAUCUCGAAGCAACUUGCGUGAGCAUUUGUUUACUCAUGUGUCCGGAUCUUUGCCAUUUGGGGUCCCGGCCUCGAUCCUGGAAAGCAAUGACCUUGGCCAGCUCCAGCCCCUUAACGAAAACCACGACGCUGUUGACAGUCACCGGCUCGGCUCUUUCCUUCGGAGAGAGAGUGAGCACCAAUUGGAACACCCAUCCCGUGGCAACCUUGAACCGCUGCCCAUUGGCCAGCUUUCCUUGGUAUCCAAAGACUCGGAGCCCAUGGAAUUGAACUGCAACUUUUCCUUUUCGCGGAAAAGGAAGAUAACCUGCACGGUCUGUGGCCACAAGUUUCUUCGAAAGAGCCAGCUGGUGGAGCACAUGUACCUGCACAAAGGGAAACACUUCAAACUGGGGAGAUGCCAGAGGCUGGCCCCGAAGUUUCAGCCAUAUAGCGACAAUUGGACGCAGAGUAUCCCCAAAAGUGCCUCCCACUCGCAAGCUCAUGCCGACUCCCAAAAUGCGUUGGAUCCUGACCUCGCUCAAGAGAACAUUGCCACCAUCCUUGUCGAAUAGCUCCGUCGUUGUCUGUCCUUUUAAUUAUAUGUGUUUUAAGCACACGGAUGGACAGCGUUCAUCUCUGUGUCCCUUUCGCUAGUGCCAAAAGUGUUCUUCUAAAAUAUGAACAGUUACUUGAAAGCCCCAUUCUCUGUUCAUUUCAUAGUGUUAUGGGAAUAGUUGUUUACCAUAGCCAUCCUGGGAAGAAACCAGUGGGGAGACCAUGUGGGAAAGGCAGUAUAAUAAUAAUACGGUAGAAUCCCGCUUAUCCAACCUUCGCUCAUCCAACAUUUUGUAUUAUCCAACGCAGUCUUCCCCCCGCCCAAAUCCACAGCUGUUUCAAUACAUUGCGAUGUUUUGAUGCUAAAUUUGUAAAUACAGUAAUUACUACAUAA